GCGUGGAUUCGAUUUGAUUGAAGGAACGUUUUUUGGAGAGCAACAACAGUGCGCCUGCUUGUCCCACGGCGGCCACCCCACCUAGAUUGUGGUCGUCUGGGUUCUCGCAUUAAAAACUUGGAAAAUAAGUCACCUACGACCAUUUUUUUGCAUGGGGACAACAGUGUUGGUAGCAUGCUAGUUAUUCUGUAGCUGGCACAACUGUUGUUUUGCUAACUCCUGAAGCAUCCUUUGAUGAAUUCCAUUGCCACAGGCAUCGCCAUAAAGAAACUAUGGAUUCGUGGAAAUGAACAAGGAAGGGGAAAGCACGAGUUCCCACGGCGGCGGUGGCAUCAUGCGGGACAACUCCCUGGACAACCGGGAACGCGAGCACAGCCAGCUGUCCCUGCGGAGCGUCGGGAAGGACUCGGAACGCUCCAGUGCAGCCCGCAGUCGGCGACGGGACAAGCGGCGACCCAACCGCCAGGAGGAGGGGGAGGACGGGAAACACCUCAAUGACUCGCCCCGCCGGGAAAACAGUAGCAGCUACGAGCGGGACGGAGACAGGGACCGUGACCGUGACCGGGAUUCCGAACGUUCCCGCACCAGAACCAAGGAGUCGGCGCACGCGGACCGGGAGAGGGAGCGAGACCCGGAUAGGGAUGAGCUAUCGGACCGAGAGGAGCCGGAGCACGACGAUGAGGACCGGCUGUCGGAGGGGGGGCGGAGGAGCGACGGGUCAUACUACUCGGACGACUACGAGAAGCUGACGCCGUCGGAGCGCUCGCUCUCGCCCAGGUCUGUGACGGGCAGCACGAGGAGAACUGCGGCAAGGAGCAGGCGGGUUUCCAGCAGCCCACUGCACAGACGCACAGGUCCCCUCCAUAAGGGCCAGUCUCGGCCCCAGCGUGGCGGUGGCGGUGGCCCCCACCAGACCCCUCAUCGCUGGGGCAGCAGUAUCACAGGCUUGGGUGGGCCCCGCCGGGACCCCCCGUCCCAACGCUCCUUCAGCCAGAGCAAGGGGGCGGCCACGGAUGGGGGGGCUGGGGCGGCGGGGGCGGGGGGUCGAGACCUGGACCUGGUGAGCAAGAGGCUGCUGUCGGCGCGACUCCUGAAGAUCCACGAGCUGAAGAACGCCCUCUCCGAACUCCAGCAGACCAACCAGCAGCUACGCCAGGACAACCGCCUACUACGCCAGCUGCAGCUGCGACACGAGAAGGCACUAACCCGCUACAGCGACACAGAGAGCGAGAUCACCCAGCUGCUGGCGCGCCACAACAACGAGACGCACGCGCUGCGGGAGCGACUGCGGCGGAGCCAGGAGCGGCAGCGGGCGGCCGAGCGGGCCCAGCGGGACGCGGACGAGCGGCUGGAGCGCAGCCAGCGGCAACUCAGCCGGCUCCAGAGGCUGGCACAGGACCAGCAGCUCGGGGAGCGCGACGAGCUGACGGGCAAGCUGGACGCCUGCCAGCAGAGGGCCACGGAGAGCGAGCGCAAGGUCAAGGAGCUGGAGCGCAACAUGGAGCUGAGCAGUGGCAGCUACCAGAGGCAGCUAGCAGGGGAGCGCAGGAGAACCCACGAGGCGCAGGAGGAGGCGCGCUGCCUACAGGAGGAGGUGCAGAGGCUCACGCUCAAGCUGAAGGAGAAGGAAAGAGAGCUGGACACCAAGAACAUCUAUGCCAACCGCAUGAUAAAGCCCGCCCCCAAGAGGGACUCAGACCGGGACAGUGUGGUGGCCAAGAAGAAAGUGGUCAGCAGCAGUAGGAGCAGCAGUAAAGCCAUCCAGACAGAGAGGGAGAGGGAGAGGGAGCAGGCCCUCUCGCUGGAGUUCCCCUCCCCUCCACCAGCCAUCACCGACGGCAGCGAGCUCACAGAGAACCACCAGGAUGACUACCUCUCUCUCAAGGAGCUGCAGAACGGAGAGCAGUCGCCAAAAGAGACUCACACCACCAAGAGCGAAGGGCAGGAGCGAGAGAGGAGCAAGGAGCGCUGGAAGGAGAGGAUGAAGAAAGAGAGGGAGGAGAAGGAGAAGGAGAAGGAGCGAGAGAGGAGGGAAGCAGAGAAACUUCACCAGGAGAUGAGUGUAUUGGAGGAGAAGGCCAAGCGCCUCACAGAUGACUGGGAGAAGGACGACAACACGCGGAAGAAGCACGGCCCGCCUGUGGUCUACAAGGAGGAAGAGGGCAGGAAGUGGCGAGGCGUCAAACAGGAAGAGGAUGCGAAGGCGAAACCGACGGAAACGCCGACGCCAGCCCCCACCACCACAGUAGCCAAUCAGCAGAGGGGAGCAGAGGAAGAGAGCCGUCGGAAGCAGCAGCUGCUAGCCAAGAUGCGCGAGAUCGACCAGCAGGCCAGGGGAGGCGACCCCGACCUGUUCUUCUCGGACCCGGCGGGGGAGCCCGCCGCUCAAGGCGGAAGCCGGCCACUGUCGCGGGUGUCGGAGCCUCGCAACCAGAACAACGCCAUCUUCAGCUUCACCGAGCCGGCCGAGGCCGUCAGCCUGUGGGGGGGCUCGGAGAAAAGUGGUGGCAGUGCUGGUGGUGGUGGUCUUGGUGGAGGUGGGGAGGGCGUCACAGGGACACGAAGAGGAGCCGCGGGGCCCCUAAGGGCCUCCUCCCAGAAGCCCGUGGAGGAGGAGGACAGCCUGUCGUUCGGCAGCUACGCCCCCUCCUUCGGCCGCCCGGCCCAGAGACCCGGCCUCUCCGCCUCCACCUCCUCCAGGACUCGGCCCGAGAUCCCCCCCAAGCCGGCGCUGGUGGACGCCGGGCUGGACGCCAGGUCGUCGGAGCCGGGUGUGGACCUCUCGUCGGGGGGUGUAAAGGAGCCCAAGAAGUCCAACCUAUUGCAGCAGCUGUUUGGCUCGAGCACCGAGACCGCUCCCGCCGCCACUCCCCAUCCCGCCAUCUCGCCCUCCAAGAUGGAGGUCCUGUCCACCGCCACUCACGUGUCCAAGCCCGUCCUGCCGGCCGCUGCCGCGGGGGCGGGCCGCAGAAGAGACGUCAAGGGGUCGUCGCCUAGCAACAACAGCGGCCACAACAACGGCGGCAGGACGUUCCCUAACAAUCGGAGCAGCGCGCUGCACGUCACCGAGAGCCGGCCGGCGGUGCGGGCGAUAGCGUUCGACGAAGACAUCGAGGAGCUCACCCUCUGAUCUUCAGAGGCGCAUGGUGAUGACAUCACCACGCACCGUGGUCGGCAACCAAACAGAUGUUACUGCAGGGAAAAGGGGACGGCAACUUGGUCCCUGAAGCACUUUUAUGAACAACCUACUCUUAGAUAAACAACGAAAUAAAUAAAUUAGUCUUAGAUAAACGAAAGACUACUAGAAAUGCCUGUGAAAGCCGGGGUUCAAUCAUUGGAUUGAAGAGAUUAAUCAUUCUCAGCGUUUGCAUGUGGUAACCCUCUCACAAACACACACACAAACACACACGUGCACACAUGAACACAAACAAACUUGCUCACAGACGUCUUUGUGUAUAUUUGUAGAUCGCACCAAAAAGUGCUAUUCUAAUGCUAAUGCUAUUCUAAUGUCCACCAAUUUCAGUCUCAGGCAACAUGGUUUUUAUUGUGUUUGCGUGUUUAUGUGUAGCUGUGUUCAUACACACUUAGUUUUCUCUCUCAUGAAAUCGCAAUAAACAAUACUCUGAGGUGGUAAGGAUGUAAUCUGAUGCUGUUGCACAGCCUUCAACUGAAACGCUUUGAAAAUAUACUGUAUGGCCGGUUCAUCCUAUUUCACACAAAUGUAAGUGUGUGUGUGUGCGCGCGCGUGUGUGUGUAUGUGUUUUUUGUGUGUGUGUGUGUGUGUGUGU